GUGUUUGCCAGUAAAAGUCUCCGCACGCACUGCGCGCUUUCUAUUUGGAAACUUUUAGAAAGGAUUCGGUAUAAACUCAUCACCUGCAUGUCGGCACUGCUGAAUAUUUCCUCACCGAUGCUAUGGUUACCUUUAUUACGAUCUUACAGGUGAAUCUAGUGAUGUCCAUCCUGCUGUACGUGAUGUUCCUCGCGUACCUCUAUGGUAUCUCGGCAUCCACAAUGAACAAGCAGCAGCCGACGCAGGAUCCUAUUAACAAUCUGAUCAUAAAGCUCCUACAGGCUGACAUCACCCGCAGCCGACAGAAGCAGGAUGAGGGCGUCCCGGAUGCACUUCAAUCCAGCACCUCAAACACACCUGCAGGGAUGGACUACAAGGACAGCUUUAGCUCAAGCAUUUACCAGCCUGUGACGGACAUCUCCGCAGAACUCUUGCGCCAGCAUAAGAGAUACAACUCGCCACGGGUGCUGCUGAGCGACCGGCCUCCUCUGCAGCCCCCUCCGCUCUACCUCAUGGAUGACUUUGUCAGUAUCCAGGACGCCAGUGGCAGCAAUAAGACCCGGCAGAAGCGCUACGCCGAGCACAAAAGCUACAGAGGGGAGCACUCGGUUUGCGAUAGCCAGAGCCUGUGGGUGAACAAUCGGACCACGGCCGUGGACAUGUUCGGAAUGCAGGUCACGGUUAUGCGGUCAUUCAAUACAAUCAAGCAAUUCUUUUAUGAGACAAAAUGUGUAACAUCCAAGCCCUAUAAGAGCGGCUGCAGGGGGAUCGAUGGCAAGCACUGGAACUCGCAGUGCAAAACUACGCAGUCUUUUGUGCGCGCCCUCACUCAGUAUAAAUCUUCAGUGGGAUGGCGCUGGAUACGUAUAGACAGUUCGUGUGUCUGCGCGCUCUCUCGCAAAUCCCGCAGGACGUGAAAAAUCACGAACGUGCAAACCAGACACGAACACAUGUGCAGUAUAUUGCGCCAAGACACCACUAUCUUUAAAUUUGUCCCUGGGGGGCUGACCUGUAAAUAUAUAAAUUAUUUAAAUUAUAUUGAAUGCACAUAGUUUAUAUACAGUAUGUCUAUGUAUGAUGUAUACAAAUAUUUAUUUAAGUAAUUUGCAAAGGUAAAUCUUUAAAAAAGAGAGACAGAGACUUUUAUAAUCAUGCAAUGCCAUCUGAGCUACAGGAGCACUGCAUGAAUCGAUGUGCCUUGCUCAAAUAUCAGUCGGAGGACACAUAACCUGGACCUUGGGAACAGUUGCAAUGGAAAACAAAACCCUCAAUAUCAUGCUAACUUCAGUAUUGUUCAUGAAAACCAGUUUUUCUGAUACAUGCUGCCAGAAUAACUUCAUGUCUGGGAAAACAACUGACAGCCUAGACAUUGUUGUAUUUUUAUGGAAAUAUGUAAACACAUUAUAUAUGUAUCAAAACUGCAUGAAAUACCUGAGAAAUAUAUUUUUCUAUCACUGAUAUUGUACACUAUAAAAAACAUGAUGUUAGCGCGCAUGACAAGACAAAAAUGAAAUUUACACAAACCACUGCAUCACUGGAAUAUCAGUCACUAUAUAUAGCGCACUAUCCAAUGACAAUAAGGAGCUCGUCAAUAUAGACCAAAAACUAAUGUUUAAUAUAUAGUUCACAAAUUAAGCUCUUGUGAGUCUGGGCAGUACUUUGUUAUACACAGAUAGUAUACUGGCUUUGUGAAGGAUUCUAGUGUUGACUUAAUAGUUCACAAUUCACUAAUCAUAGGCUGUUUAAACCAUUUACAGCAUGUCCAUCGUCGCCUUUACAGUGUCUGACACAUGCUAACAGCAGCAAUGAUGUGAACUAGUUACAUGACAGUCUAGAAAGGGUCUUAAAAUACAAUUGGCUUCUAGAUAUCCAUUGUGCGGCUUACUAGCGUUAAAGAAAAUACUUUAACAAAUGAAGACUCCUCCCUCUUUCCAUACCCAAAAGCUCCACCCACCAAAGACCAAACUGACCACCACACCCACCAGCUAUACGAUUUCUGCUCAUUCCAGUCAGACCAGCCUCUUUUCAGUCUUAUAACUUAAACCAAAAUAAGAUCAACAUGUAAACAAAAGGAGUACAAAAGGCCACUGCUAAUGGCACAAUAGUCUUACGUACUGUAGAGGUAAAUCUGGCUUAAGACUAUGAACAUACAUGCAGAUCUGGGAUUUGAAGAAGUAAUCUCCCCCUUAAGAGGGUUUCCCUUGUGUCAGACUCAUCUUAGGAGAUAAUCAUUUUACCAUUAGACUGCAUGUAUAAAAAACCCUUGCCAUUAUUUCCCACAGUUUAUAAAAGACCUGAUCUGAAGCUACGAGACCCCAAAGUACUAGGACUCCUGUUUAGUUAUUUUAAUAAGCCCUAAGCUGAUUACUUUUAAUUAAGCCAUGUGCCAGUCUCUUAAACAAAACCUUAUCAUUUUGUAGUGGUCUACAACAACUUUUAUAAACCCAAAACAACACAUCUGUGAUUAACAAUAUAGGUGUCAGGCAAGAGAAAGCCAGUUUGCGGUAAAAUGAAGAAUUUAUUGACAAAGCCAUGCGGGUCAAGUUUUUGGGGCUUGGAUUCUGUUCAUGCUAAUCUUUGUGAUGCUUAACCCGGGUCAUCUCUGAUUGGACAAACUGCCUAAGAGUCCCCAUAAAGACGGUUCAGCAGUAACAACAUAAUCAAACGUCUUUUAUGGAACAAACGUAACUUCCGGUAAACUAUGCAAAUAAUCAAUAAGUCGUUUUAGAGUAAUUUAUUUCUGAUAACAAGCAAAAUAAACAACAAAUAGUUUACUUUACUUCAAAAUAUAGCUAAAGCGUAUCAAAAACUACACUGAGCUAACGUUGCUGUGUAAAAUGUGUACCAUAUAAUGUAUACAAUAUUAAUUACAGAUUGGGCACCAAACCAUCCUUCACGUAGCGAUGAUCCAUGAUUGAUGUCUCCCCUCAUCUUUAGGAAACCAAAACAUUUCUUAUUUUCAACAAGGUAUUUGUUCCAGAGUUCAGUUUAGCCACUAGUCAGACCAUUGAACAAACAGAGACCAUAAGUUAAGGUCUGCCCAGACAAGUAACCGCAACAACACACGUGCAUCUGAUUAAACCGUCUUUAUAACCCAGAGUUUUUGAAUAAAAUGAAUGAGAUCUUAUUUAUCUCUCGGCGUAUAAGACUAUAGAGUAAUAUUCUACAACAAGGUUAAUAUGAUUCAAACCCAUAAUGCAUUAAGUAAAGUGCCAAGCCAAAAUGUUCCCCCAAAAAGCCAUUAUAAAGUUUUAUUAGCAUCAAAUCAUUAACUGUAAUGUAGCUAUCAAAAAUAAAUUAGUUAGUGUUGUUUUAAUGUUUGAAAAAACACACAAUUGCAUUUGAAAGUAAAAGUGCUGUUGAACUAUGAUUGUUUGAAAUGAGCAAAGGUUUUGAAAGUCUUGUGAUUGUCAGCCUCGAUUCAAAGAUGGUUAAGGAUAGGGUGUGAAGUUUUGAUUUUUGUGAAUUUGGGCAUGAGCUUGAAAAAGGACCAUAUACCUCCAAGGAUAUAAUACACCUAAUUUGUUUCUACAUUCCAUUUUAUUUCUUCUAUAAUGCAGCUCUCCAUAGAGAAAUUGGAUUUAAAUCAAAUUCAAAACAUCCCCUGUUAGCAAGGAUAUGGCUGUGAAUGGCCCCAAAGCAUUGCCUUUACCAUUUAACACAUUCUUACACUGGAGUCUGCAAGUUGAGGAUGACUUAACCAUUUUACUCAUUCCUGAAGAUGUUCACUGAAACAUUCCCACUUUUUGGUGACUUUAUGUCCUGCUGGUGUCAUGCAUACUUGCUGCUUUAAGUCAUUGUAACCUAACUUAUAAUGGGACAUUUGCCAUUGCUUAAACAAGAGGUCAAAUGCUGUCUUUAUGUUGACAAGGAAACUGUGCCAAAAACACAUCAACUCUAUUUAAAGGACUUUAAACAUGAAAAUUAAUCUUCAGUAUAUCAAAUUUCCAAUUUUAGUAAUGGAGCAAAGAGUUUGUUUGACUGUUACUGUUUAGAGAAGUCCUGUAGCAUAUUGUGGCUGCUGUGCCCAUAACACAUUGUUUGUAUUUUUGUUAAGAGAAUGAUUUAUCCGGUAAUGGUUUCUAGAAAUGUCUAUUUUCUUGUUCUGAUACUUGAGUAAGCACUGUUCAUCUGACCUGCAUCAUUGUUUUCUCUUUUCACUGCAAGGGCCUGUGUGAGAAUUGUCUGAAUAAAGUUUUUUUUAAUGGU